UAAACAACAUACCGGUGAAAAGUUGGGCGAUUACGCCUUCCAUGCAACGCCUUUUCUGCAGUUCCGUGGUGAAAAGCAGAAAAAUACUCUGCUUAAGAUGAGAUUCACAGAUGCGCUCAAAUCCUGCUGGGUAGCAACACUGUUCGGUGCCGUGCUGCUACUAGCCGGCUCCACCAUCCUCAUCUGGAACGAGGGUCGAACGAUUCGUAUUCUUUUGUCGUUAGAUGAGGCCCUGAACGAUGCAGUCACAGUGCGAGCCGAUGAGCCGUACGAAAAACAAUACGAAGGACGCUUGAUUCAUCUCAAUGGUGCGCUGUCGACGGGUGAGCCGCUUACCGAACCGGACUACAACAUCCAGGUGCAGGCGGUGAAGCUGAAAAGACGCGUCCAGAUGUACCAGUGGGUCGAGGAAACAGUGGAAAACCGGUUCGGUGAAUCCGUCGCGACGGUCGAGACGGAGGACAGAUCGUACUUCUACAACAGAGAGUGGCGCGACGAACUGAUCGACUCUCGCAGCUUCUACAUACGCACCGGGCACCAUAAUCCCACCUCCUUUCCGAUCGACUCCACCGUCCAUCUGUCCGAGCACGUGCACGUCGGCCCCUAUGAGCUGGGGGCCGUAGCGAAGGAACGCUUCAAAACCUUCCAAGAGGUCACAUCCGACACGCGACCGGAAGACCCAUCGGUCAGGAUGCACUCGGGGCUGUACUAUCACUGUAACGACAUUUGGAACCCGGAAAUCGGUGACAUACGGAUACAGUUUGCGUACGCCGGGCUGGAAGGCUCGUACGUGACCGUGGUGGGGAAGCUGGAAAACGGUAAAAUAAUACCGUACGAAUCGACGCACUUCCGCAAGGUGCUGCUGCUCGAACCGGGCGAGCACAAUCUGCACGAAAUCUUCCGCUUCGAGCACCAGCAGCAACGGAUGAACACGUGGGGCAUACGGUUCAUUGGCUGGAUGUUGCUGUUUUUCGCCACCAUUUGCAGUGCCACGAUCAUGCAGCAUCUUGCCAGGGAGCACCGGCUCGUGCGGCUAUUCCUGCCCGACACUAACUUUACCCUGUCGACCAACAUCAUGAUGUCGUUUUCGGUGGCGCUGGUGAUUGUUUCGAUUGCGUGGAUCGUGCAUCGGCCGUGGCUGGGCGGCGGAUUGCUGUUUGCGGCCAUGUCACCGUUCCUGUACUGUGCACGCGGUAUUAUGGGCAGCUAUCAGCGGAUGGAUUGAGGCGUGAGGAUGAGAAACGAUUUUAACUAGCGUGAAAUAUGGAUGUAAGUUUUAACCAAAUCAUGUUGUAAACUGGUUUCUUUGUUUUGUGAUACAAUAACCUGAUUUUGUCAUUGGAGUGUCGAGUGUGCGUUCUUUGAGUUAGUGUUUUAAAAUGAACACUUAUUCCUUAAAUAAAUUGUAAUAAAUAAUAUGUUUUUUUUUUUAAAGAAAUCAAACUUCAAUUGUUACUUAUAAGUAAAUGAGUGAAGGAGCAUCAAUACUCACAUGUUUAAGACAA